UGAACAUACCGUGUGUGCAUGCGGCUGCUGGAAUUUGAGAAUUUUCCGUUAUAUUCUAUAUACCUAUGCUUUCAGUAUUUUCAAUUUUCAAAUUAGCCGUAGAUGUUCUCAUGUUUGUUUGAAUGUCGUUUUUAUUCCAUCAGAAUCGAAUACUCGAGUUUGUGAUUGUUCAUAUUUAUUACAAAUUCAACAGUUAAACCACAGAAUAUAUAAUUAUUUUACAAUAAUAUUGUCGAACGAUGGCCACCAAACAGCAGAGCCAAAACGCCAUCACUCUUAAGGGAUCGGCAAAGUUAGUUAUGGACUAUUUAAAUUUUGGUAUCAACAGUAUUCUUUUUCAACGUGGAAUAUACCCACCCGAAUCGUUCAAAACCGAAGAACAUUUUGGUCUUUCAAUUCUUGUAUCAACUGAUGAAAAAAUUCAACAGUUCCUAACUCCAGUUCUUAGUCAAAUGAAAGAUUGGUUAUUGGAACAAAAAAUUCAAAAAUUGUCAAUGGUUGUAUCAAAUGUUACUAAUAAAGAAGUCAUGGAACGUUGGGAUUUCAAAGUGCAGUAUGAAGGAUCUAAUGAUUCCAAUCCAGAUUCAAUUGGCAAUAAAGAAUUAUCAACAAUACAAAAAGAAAUAAGAGAUGUUCUUAGGCAAAUCUGUUCCACCGUUAGUUUUUUGCCCUUACUAGAUUGUCCAUGUGCAUUUGAUUUGCAAAUAUACACUAAACCUGAUGUAGAAGUUCCACAAGAAUGGGCUGAAACUGCACCUAGUUAUAUUGCUAAUUCUCAAGAAUUGCAGUUACGUUCAUUUUCAACUUCAUUACAUCGAAUGGAUACUGUUGUAAGUUACAAAGCAGACUUCUAAAAAUAAUAUGUGAUGAAAAAUGUAAUAAGUAAUUUUUUUUUAUACAUAAGUCUAAUAUAAGGUAAUCUAUUGCUUAUACUAUGAAUCUUGUACAAGUAAGGCUUUAUUGUUUGGAAAGUCAUGAUUUUUAUUUAUUUUUUACUGUUAUUUUAGCUCAUAAAACAAUGGUUGAUUUGUUUAAUCUAUUAAAAUAAUUUUUUAAAUCACUAAUAUGUAAAUUAUUUAUAACUGGAU